AUGGUCGGGCUCUUCCCCAACUCGUCGGCCUUGUGCCAGGCAUUCACACCCACCUCCCCGUACUACAAGCCCGCUCCUAAACCCACUGAGAACCCUGAAAAGCGUCGAUUCUUCUCCUCAUGGAGUGCUGCCGAGAGCGCCAAAGGCAAGGCGGUUGAACUGAGCGAAGCUGCUCAGAAGGAAUACGAGAAGGCCAGCGCAAAGGCCCAAGCCAAAGUUGGGGGCAUCGAGCUCUAUUCUGCCAAAUACUAUGCCGCAUGUACCGUGGGAGGAAUUCUAGCUUGCGGCACCACCCACGCAGCCGUCACCCCUCUUGAUCUCGUCAAAUGUCGUCGUCAGGUCGAUCCCAAACUGUACAAGGGCAAUUUCCAGGCCUGGAGUACUAUUGCAAGGACUGAGGGCUUCCGGGGUAUCUUCACAGGUUUCAGCCCGACCUUCGUCGGCUACUCGGUGCAGGGUGCUGGGAAAUACGGCUUCUACGAAUACUUCAAGCAUCUGUACAGCGAGUUGGCCGGCGAGGAGGCCGCCCAGAAAUACAAGACGACGCUCUAUUUGACAGCCUCUGCUUCGGCCGAAUUCAUUGCCGACCUCGGUCUUUGCCCGUUCGAAGCCGUCAAGGUUCGCAUGCAAACCACUUUGCCGCCUGCAUUCUCCGGUACCAUGAAUGGACUGACGACAAUCACGAGUAAAGAAGGGGUUGGCGGCUUGUACAAGGGUCUCUAUCCUCUCUGGGGCCGGCAGAUCCCAUAUACCAUGAUGAAAUUUGCCUCUUUCGAGAACAUUGUCGCCGCCAUCUAUAACUACCUGCCAGGCAAGAAGUCAGAUUACGGCAAGGGUACUCAAACCGGUGUGGCCUUUGUUGGUGGUUAUCUUGCCGGUAUUCUUUGCGCGAUUGUGUCGCACCCGGCGGAUGUGAUGGUCAGCAAGCUCAACGCCGAACGCGCCCCAGGUGAGAGCUUUGGUGGUGCCAUGAGCCGCAUUUAUGCCAAGAUUGGAUUCAUGGGUCUCUGGAAUGGUCUUGCUGUGCGAAUUGUCAUGAUUGGAACCCUGACCGGCUUGCAAUGGAUGAUCUACGACUCUUUCAAGAUCUUCAUGGGCCUGCCCACAACUGGAGGCCCGCAGGAGAAGCAGCAGACUGCGAAAAUGUAG